AUGGACCCAAUAACAAAAGAUUACAAGGCAAUAACAGAACUUCUACCUCUGGGUUUAAUUCUGCUUGUAAUUGUUAUAAUGUUCUGCCCUUUCAACAUUAUAUACCGCUCCAGCCGUUUCUUCCUACUUAUCUGCUUAUUUCAUUGUUUUUUUGCACCUUUAUACAAGGUGACAUUAUAUGACUUCUUCUUGGCAGAUCAGCUGACAAGCCAGGCACAAGCUUUUAGAAGCCUAGAGUUUUAUAUUUGCUACUAUUGUUGGGGAGACUUCAAACUCAGAAAACAUAGUUGCAAAACAAGUGAUGUUUUCAACACUUUCUCAUUCAUUGUAGCUGUGAUUCCAUACUGGUGGCGCCUCCUUCAGUGUCUACGCCGUUUGUAUAAAGAGAAGGAUGCUAAACAGGGAUUCAAUGGCCUGAAAUAUUUCUCUACAAUUCUGGCAGUUAGUACCCGAACAGCCUAUACACUUAACAGAGGAGUUGUUUGGAAGUACAUAGCAUGGAUAGCCUCAGCAGUUGCUACUAUCUUCGGCACAUAUUGGGACAUUGUUAUUGACUGGGGUCUUCUCCGAUGCAAUUCUAAGAACUAUUUGUUGAGAGAAAAACUUCUUAUCCCACAUAAGAGUGUGUACUUUGUAGCCAUGGUCCUCAAUGUCUUUUUGAGAUUAGCCUGGAUGCAGACUGUAAUGAGUGUCACAAUUUUCUCCUUGAAUGGACAAACUCUGAUUGCGACUGUAGCUGCUCUAGAGAUCAUCCGUCGUGGUAUAUGGAAUUUUUUCAGGUUAGAGAACGAGCAUCUUAACAAUGUUGGCAAAUAUCGUGCAUUCAAAUCAGUGCCAUUGCCUUUCAAUUAUGACGAUGAUGAGGACAAGGAGGAAUAG